AUCAGUUCACGCAACCUCAACCAGACCAACAUAAACCAUCUGUCUGCUAUCUGCUGUCUGCUAUCUGCUAUCUGCUACUCCUCGUCUACUCUCUCCGUCUACAUGGUAGCUGACUAUGCCAGACAGACAAGCUGAAGAGUACCCACUGCUGCUUGAAGACGGCGACAUUGCAGCACUCCUAGCUCAAGAUGCCGCAAACUUGCGAGCAAAGUACAACCGUCACGGGAUCUCUGCCUACCUGACUCCUGCUAAAGUGGAACGACCCUCUUCUACAAGGGUCAAUACGCGAUUCUUGCAGAAUACUGUCAGGGAUGUACGAGGUCACAACGCCAUGCUGGCAAAGCGUGAGCGUGAUGAACGACUCAACAUGAAGAAUCACCCAUUGAAAGACAUGAUAGGUCAGCCAAAAUCUACUCCAGGUCCCUCUGAGACCGCGGCCAACCUAUCUCUCAGGAAGCAAAGGCGGCCAUCUGAGUCUGGACGCGACAUUGCAAAUGUUGAUUUGGGCGGGGAGAGAGUCUUGCGGCGUGACGGGUCGAGAUCUUCAGCUCCGUUGGAACAGAGAGGAUCCGGUCAUUUUCGUUGUCGUCGCUCUGCAAGUCCCAAAGCGCGUAUGCAAACGGCUUUAGGUCAUCUGUUGAAGAAUUCACCGACUUGCUCAAAGCGUUCACCAAAAGAUCAUACAUCUUCAAGUCUCGAACAACACAGGCAGUCCAGGUCCUCAGGUGAUGCGCAACGGCAAGCUGCGUCUCACCAUCCCGGACAAUCAGGCCAAACGAGCACGGCGAAAGACGACUCUGCUCACUGGCGUUGUGGAGGUGGAUACCUCUGAUUUGUCCUGCGACUGUUCCAAAGAUCACGUCAAAGGCACAAGCGGUCGCUAGAACAGUCUCUACGAGAUCUAGAUCGUCCUGUCUCCAUCGUCUCGUAUCGUGUUUCUCAAAGUCACGAUCUCAAACGUUCACCUGGCAGUUGUACCGAUCUUCCUCUUCGAAGCAGUUGA